AUGGGUUCAGUGCUGCUACUCUCUUACAUGCUACUUACCUUCCUCUGUUCACUCCUCUUAUCCUCAGCUACUUCUCCUCAUGGCCUGGCCUUCGAGAACCCAAUGUCGUUUCCACCGUCGGCCUACGAGUUCUUCCACCCGACCGUCGACGCACCUGCAACUGCACCACUGCCUGCGUCGUCGCUCUACCCCGGAAAGACCUCGGCGAGGGCAAAGGCCGACGCGGUGGUGGGGGGAAACGUGUUCUCGGCCCCUCCGGGUCGUGGCGGGGCUGUGACCGGCGCCAUUGCUGCCGUCGUCCUCGGGCUUGUGUUUGUGAUGCUCGUGGCUGUGGUGUCCGCCUACAUUGCGAUCAAGCGCCGCAGCGAUGUCAACAAGGCCAAUGCGGAGAUGAAGGCUGAUGCAUGA